UGAACUUCUGCGCUUCGCUCGCUGUCACGCAGGUGGAAUUCAGUCCAGCAGCCGUGUGAUUCGAGCACAUCAGGACAGACAUUCAGUCUGAAGAGAGCUCCUCUCCAAACCUGACUUCGUCUCCGAGCGUCACGUCAACAGUUUACCUCAUCACAGUCAUGGCAUCAGCAGCGCAGCCGAGGAGUCUGAGCAGCUGCACGCAGAUCGGAUGCUUUUGAACGACGAUCUUCAGAGAGACUCGCAUCAUGCUCAGGUGAUCGCACAGGCUGCGUUUGGGAAAGAAAACAGUCGGGUGGAUGUUUAGAAUAUUAAUCAGAUCCUUUUUCUAAUCAUGGAGGAGAGCAAUACCAGUGAAUCAGUGCCAGAGUUAAAGGAUCUGGAGUUGAAAGUGGGGAGAAAGACCCCAGAGGGGCUCCUGAAGUGGAUGAGAGAAGAGCACAAAAUGAUCUCUCAUCAUCAGACAGACAAUAAUGAGACAGAGACGAAGGGCCUGGAUGAGAAGAUCCGAAAACUUAAAAUGGAGAUGGCUUAUCUACGAGCAGCAGAUGUCAAGAUCUUGAACCAGUUGCUAGCACUUCACGAGGGCAUCGAGGCAGUGAAAUGGCUCCUGGAAGAGCGUGGUGCGCUCACCAGCCGCUGCAGCAGCCUGACCAGCAGCCAGUACAGCUUAGGCGAGGGUCCCGACACCUCCUGGAGGGGCAGCUGGGGCAGUCUGCAAGACCCCCAUGACAAGCUGGACAAUAUUUCCAUUGGCAGCUAUCUGGACACAUUAGCUGAUGACCUGGAUGAGUACUGCCCCUCUAGUGGGACUGAUUCAAUAAUCUGUGCCACCCCCGUGGGAACAGAUGGCUCCAGAGGUACUGGAGGAGGAGUGGGAAGUUCCACUGGAUCUGGAACCCGAUCGCAACAAGUCAAGUCCGAUGCCACUAAAGAAGAAGCUCAGGUUAGGAAUAAAGCACCGUCUGAUACAUCGAGACCGCACCAACCCAGCAAGACAAAUGGAAUCCUGGACAAAUCAGUGAAGCAAGUGGUCAGACCAGAUUCACCCAGGGCUUGUCUCGCUGAGAAGCUGGGGAAGAAUCUGAGCCCUAAAAUGAAACCCUACAAGAAUGGCAAAGUUGAGUUGGAGAGCUGUAAAAUGAACGGCAAAGUUCAGCUGGAGUAUGACGCACACUGGCGUUGGGUGCAGUCGCAGGAUGAUGUGACCUUUUUGUGAUAAUAUAUGCAUGAUCAAGCCAAAGGUGUUGAUGGGAGACUGCUCUGCUUCUCUAUUCACCACUGAGCUUUUGUUUGUACACUUGGAUGUUUGAUUAAUUUGAGGCCAGCUUCUCAGAUCUCCUGAAAUGACAGAGGUUAAGAGCUCAGCUACGGAAAAGAAGCUUAGACUUGUGGGUGAUCAGAGUUAAAAAAUCCUGAAUUAAUGACAUUAUAUACUCUUUGUCAGGUUGUGUAGAUGUUUAUGGACGCAUGAUUCAAAUGUGCAUUUCAUAUGAUGUCAUAACCUUCUAUGUAAUGACAUGUAUUGAUUCAACACAACUAUUUAUUAAGUCAGUAAUUCAGGACUUUAUUGAAUAUGUCAGUAUAUUAAUUUCAUUUAAAUGCGGUUUCAAUCCUAUGAGCUUAGGUUAUUAAAAAACAGUUCUCAAAAAGAUUCAUAAAGGCUUUUUUUUUUGCAUACUACCAAUCAACAGUUUGGGGUUCUUAUGCUCACAAAGGCUGCAUUUAUUUGAUCAAAAUACAUUAAAAGCAGUAAUAUUGUGAAAUAUUACAGUUUAUAGUAACUGUUUUCUAUUUCAAUAUAUUUUAAAAAGUAUUUAUUUAUGUGACGUCAAAGCUGAGGUUUAAAAUUAAUGCUUAACAUUUUUGUGGGAACUGGAUCCAGGAUUCUUUAAAUAAAAGUCAUCAAAAUGAAUAAUAGGGAGAAAAAAAAACUGCAUUUAUUUGAAAUUGAAAUCAUUUGUAACAUCUACUGUCACUUUUGAUCAGUUUAAUAUAUCCUUGCUGAACAAAUUCAUUUCUUUCAAAAGAGUGCACAUAUGCUCACAUUUUACAUUAACAUUUUAAAGUGGACCAAAGUUUGUUUAGCUAGAACAAUCUUAAAGCUUGAAAACACAGCAACUCAUUUUGUUAGAAAAUCAGAUUGAAUAGAUUUAUUUAUGCUGUGUCUUACCAUUUUGUUUGACCUUUCUGCUGAUUAUAAUACGGACAAAAUAAACUGCAGCAUUUGCUCUUAAACUGUAGGGAAUGUUUAAAUCAUGCUUCAUUUUACUACCAAAGUCUUAAAUCACCUCAGAGUGUGUUCCUCUGAGUUAACAUCUAAAGGUCAAAGAAGAAAUCCAUUCUGAAUACCAAGCAUGUUCCCAUCUGUUACAAUGUGACCCUGAGUCCAGAAUCAGCAACACCCUCGAGUUGCCUUUGACAAAUAAUUAUACAAUCAGUGCCAUUUUUACACAUAUAUACAUACAUAAAGGUUCAUUUGAAAACUGCUUGUAGUUUACUCUUUGUCUGUCAGAAUGCUUAUGUAAUCAAUCAGUAAAAAUGCUGUAUUGUUCAUCUAAUCAGGUAAACUGUGGGUUAGCUUUAAAUAGGAUCCUGUUUUGAAGUACCAAUUAUUACUGGUUCUAUUGGAUCACUGAAUUAAAUGAGCUUGAAUAACAGGAACAGGAAAUUAAGGAUUACAUAUAGCUUAUUCCAUUGCACAGGUCCAAUGGAGUAAUACUGCUCAAACAGACGCAUGGAGACCAGUGGUUGUGCUGUGAUCUUUGCAUUUGUGAUGUCUUCUCUUGUUAUUUGAAAAGUUAGCACCUAAAGUGCACUUUUAAUUUAAAGUUGUUCAGAUGACUAACUUUUACCAAUUAAUCAAGUUCUAUAUGUGGUGUAACUUUGACUAGUCACAGUGUUGGAACUGGAUAUAAUCUUGCAUUGCCUAUGUUUUGUAUGCCAAAAUAACUGCAUUAAUGUAAUUUUAGUUUUUGGUCUAAUGAAAGAACUGAAAGUACUAUCAGUAUUCAGCGGUUUAACAUAUAGUGUGUUAUGUAAUAAAACACUGUACUGUA